AUGGGUGGAAACCAAGCAUCCCUGCAGGUAGUUCUUCUAGCAAGGACAGCUGAUGACAGAGUAGAGAUCACGGAGACCGUUCCAGUGACGUGCACCAUCACAGAUGAUGUGGAGCCCUAUCCCAGCGAUAAUCCAAACAAUCGGAGCAACUUGUGCACCAAGGAUGGCUUUUUCCAGAUAGUCAUUUGGUCAAAUGUAACAAAACCACAUCUGGUCCUGGAUUCGGUCUACGUGCCCAGCACCAAUGCUCAGGAAUGUAAGCCAGCCCAGAUGACUGCAGCUUACGUGAAGUUCCGGUUCCCACUCAACUCCUGCGGAGCACAAAGAACGGUUAGUGAUGGGAAAGUGACAUAUUCCGUUGACAUCCUGGCUGAAAAAGGUCGUCGUACUGCUGGGCGAGCCAUUAUAUCCAGAGACAGUGUCUUCAGGCUUACAGCACGCUGUCAUUUCAAUCAAGAAGCAGAAGCUCAUGUAGCUGCUGCUGUCUUUACUAUCCCUCCACCUUUCCCAGCAAAAAGUGAUGGUGAACUUCUGCUGGAGCUGAGGAUUGCAAAAGACGUCUCCUAUACAGAUUAUUACACCAACACGGAGUACCCUGUGAUAAGGCUACUGCGCAAAGUGGUUUAUAUUGAAGUUCGUAUUCUGAACAGUGUCGACCCGAAACUUGUGUUGCUCCUGGAUGACUGCUGGGCUACUCCAGAUAAAGAUCCGGAUAUGAGCCAUCGCUGGAAACUUCUUGAAAAGGGGUGUCCUUUUGCUGGAGACAACUAUGUAACGGAGAUCCAGCCUGUCUCGUCCACUCCAGAUGUACGGUUCCCAACGCAUUACAAACGAUUUCAAAUGAAGAUGUUUGCCUUUUUGGAUCGCCAGACAUUACAACCUCUGAAUGGUUCAGUAGGUUAUCUUAAAUGUUUCACUUUUGGAAGACCUGAUUUGGCUUGGUGCUUUUUCUGAU